AUGCUAACCGUUAACAAAAGGAUUCCAGCGUCGCCGGAAGUUGGCCCUCGCGGCCCGCGGAGCCGCCUUCCUGACACGCGUUGGGCGGUUGCGGGGCCGGGGCCCCGUCCCGCCACGAAGACGACCUGCGGCGCGGCCUUAAUUGGAACGGCGGCGGCCGUCUCCCGCAGGGCUUCGCUGGCCGCGGCCAAGGCACUGGGGCCUCGAGGGGAACCCCCGCCGCGCCGCGCCACGCCGCGCCACGCCGCCCGCCCGCCUAGCAGGCCUGGGAGCCGAGGCUUGCUGCGAUCAGGCCUGCGUUCCUCGCUGCGUUCUGAACGUAGGUUGUACGUUGGUUUAGUUGAGGCUCAGGAGAACGCGUUAGGGUCAAUACGUGGGUCUUUACCUCAGGGAGCAAGAGAUGUUGGUGAAAGGGUUAAGCCUGAACAUCCGGAGUUUGCGCUCUGGCGGUUGACUCAUCGUGCCUCAACCGGAAGCAGGCGAGCCAACCUGAGAAUUCUGUGUGUGGGCGUAAACCAAAGGCUGGCCUGCGAGCCUCGCGCCAGCCGGCGGGCCUAUCUAUGGAACAGUGGUGGGGGUGUCAGCCUCAACUAUUUAACGCGGCGCCAUCUGCGCCCGCGUUCUCAUUCAGUUUGCAUCGGGGCGAGAUACAAUCUCACGUACUGUAGGCACACGGUCGCCACGACCGGGUUAACUUUUGGCGUCACGCCAUGUGACGGUAAUUGUCACGGGACAGAGGUCCGACGGCGCGCAUCACGCGUGGCUUGUGUUUUCUGCGGUAAAGCAGUGUUCAGAAAGGAAAAGGUUGCCGGAGUGUUUUAA